AUGUUUUUUUUUAUUACCUCUUUAAACAAUAGAGAAGCAGGGAAAAGAAGAAAAGUGGAGGACUUUUCAUUUUACAAGACAUUUAUAAUUCAUUCAUUAGCUGUUGCACAGCACAUUGAAAGAAUUUUGUGAGAAUUUUAAACCCACAAAUUUAAAAAUACAAAACUGUUUAUGUUGCAUGAUUGUUGCCAGAUUAAAAAAAAAUAAAAAAUAGGCUGCAAAUGCUGCAAUGACAAGAAAGCAGUGCUGUUGCUCCAGUCUGCCUGCAGGGGUCAUCAGUGUGUAACAAGACACAAGAAGACACACUGCAGGCUAUAUUCAGGGGCCAGUCAUCCUGCCACUCAGGAUCUGUCAUGCUAGCUAUGCAUGCAGUAAUACCUAAGAGCUGUGUGUUGAUUCUUAAAAUGUACUGUAUGUCAAAUGUGAAAUAAGCUGGGUUCACAUCAGUGUCUGCUCCAAUGUAAUGUGUCACAAUUGUAGGCUAUUUUGUUCAUAAUAAUCAUUUAAAAAGAAGAAGAAUCACGGUCUCAAAUUGUCAAAAACAAACAAAAUCAAUCAUGUCUUCACUUGCAGAUCUUUGAGAAACUAAUAAAAAAUAAAUGUGCAUGAUUCAACACCUUGAGUCAAUAAAGAUAGUAUGUACUAACACAUUAUGGCCAGGAGGGUGGAGCAUUGCUAAAUACAGUGUUCUGCAGAUAAGGCAGGAGUCUUCCAUCACAUGGUCAGAUAAAUAUAGGCUAUCAAGCUAGUGGGUGUAAAUCAAACCUGACCAAUUUUGAACUCUUUGUUAUCAUAAAUACUGUUCAGUUUAUCCAGUUCCCAUGAGGCUUCCUUAAAUCCUUCACAAUGAGUAACACAAAAUAAUCAUGUUCAUAAUUCAAGACGUCUGUGUUCAGGUCAAAUCUGAGUGAUCAUUAAAAAAAGUAAAUUAAUGGUUGACUAUGAUUUGGUGUAAAGUUUAGUUUUGCGACCAUAUGCUUUUAUUAAAUUCACAAUAAUGCAUGAAUUAUAUGUGUUACAAAACGAGUGGUGGAAUUUCAGUAAAAUGUGAGCAUGAGAUAUUAAAAUAAUUCAUAAUCUUAACUGAUACUGAUCAAAUCGAUUUUGUUGAUUAAAAUGUGUAAGACAGCACGAGAUGUGUAGCUAUAAAGAAUGGACCCACAUUCUAACUGGGCAUACUUUAUAAAGGGUUUAUAUGUUGGGGCUUUAUUGAUUGGUAAUAAAUACUGUAUUAAUGCUGCAUAUUUUAGCAAUUAGACAUUAAUAAGGAAACGUUUGGGGUUGCCAGGCUGUGAAAAAAUGGCCGGUGUUUAUCCUCCUCCAGCAUAACUUGCUCUUGACUUUUUAGUUCUUCAAUUCAUCAGCAAGACCCCUCAAUGUUCAGUUCAACCACUUACCUGCUGGAAAGAGCUGAAGACCAUCUGGAACAAAAUCCACUUAUUAACUACUAAUUAACAUUUACAAUUCCAGACUUGAUAAAUUAUAAUUAUAGCAGAAGAACCUCAUUAUUAAUGACUUACUAAUAUUUAGAACUGCAGACCUGUUGGCUUAUUAUGAAGUGAGAAACUGAUUCAAUUUCUCACCACCAGGCAACUUAAAAGUUAUUUUUAAUUAUUGAUCUAUAAAUGCAUUCAUAGAGAUUCAGUAACCUUGAACAAAGUGAGUAAUAUCUUUAGUUACAAACCCUUUAUGCUGUAUUAGAUAUUGAUAUGUAAAGAAUUGUAUGGGGCUGACCAAAAUUGUGUUAAAACCUCAGUGAGAUUUAGUUAACACAAAUGUAAAAAAUCACAAGAAAGUAGGAAUGACUACAAAAUGCUGACUCUGACACUCAUCAAAGCGCGAUGUAAAUCACCAAAAAAAGCUAAAACCUACGACUACCAAUAAAAUAGAACAUAAUGAAGCCUACAAUCUAUGACAAGACAAAUUCUUGAUUUGAUUUUCUCUCUCAAUCACACAGACUCAAAUAUUGUCAAGACUAAACCCCUUUGAAUGCUGCUUCCACACACUGUUCAUACACUAUUGUCCCUGUACAACCGACAAAAGCUCAUUUUACCCUGUAGGCUAUUAGAGAUUUUUGCUCACAAAUUAAAAGUUAUUACAAGUUAUACAAAGAAUAAUAAUCUUUUUUUAUUCACCUUUGCUGGCAUCUAAAAUAGAAGUGGCAUGUUUUUGUUGUUUGCUACAGAAAUGGGCGGGGACAGAGCUAGUUCUUCCUGCUCCUACCGCCUGUUGACAUCUGUACUGUGCAUUUAAAAUCUCUGUAUUUAUGUAUGCAUGUAUGUAUAUUUAUUCAUUACUUAUUUAUCUAUAAUAUUUGGGACAAUUUCAGUUGGAAUUUCUGGAAGCCCAGGGUCCAAAUAACUGGCUCUUGUGACUUCCUUGAAAAAAAUGCGUAAUUUCAAUUUCUUAUUUGAUUUGUAUUCUGUCAUUAAAUAAUAUACACAUACCAUUAUUUGCUAAAAUUAUGCAACAGAUUUAACAGUCUGUUCAUUUAUAAAAAAUAUACAAACACAAGUGCUGGUGUAUUUUUGCUGAAAAUUAUAAAAUAGGCUAUUAUAAGGAGCAAUAAUACUGUUCUUUUUCAGUAGGCUAGUUGACUUGCUCUACUGCUGCAAAGAAAAUGAGCGCUUUCCUUUCAAAGUGGUUACAGGUGGCCAUGUUGGGGUAGAGUCGACAGCACACAGCUUUUAUGGGCAGGUGUGUUACCUGUGGCUCCCCCAGGAAGCACUUCUCAGUGCUCUGCUACCACAGCUGACCGACAGAGAUCCCAAUGAACCAGACGACGGAAAAGAUCAUGACAUAGUUUCCCUCGUCAUUAAUUCACUGUAAUCCGCCUUUGUUUCGGAACCCGAGUUCCGCACGGGUUUUGUGGCAGGCGGAGGUAAGUGCUUCCUGAUAAUAAAGAGGUGCGUCUUAUUUCCAUUCCUGUGAUUGACUGCGCACGGCUUUCACCGCCGGAGCUGGGGGCAUUGACGCAUUGUGGAGUCGACAGGGGGUAGCACUGCAACCCCGGCUUCGCUACACAACGGAGGCAUCUAUCGGCGACACCGCGAUGGCCGUGGUGCAGCUCGACACGGUGGACCAUCAACCGGAGAACGGCUUCGUGUCCCCUGAAACCACGUUGCCGGGGCUGCUGACACGCAUCGACGGUUCUGUUCUGCCAUUUCUCGGGGGAUUUGGGAAGUACCAGAAACAGCUGAUCGUGCUGACAUGGAUUCCGGCGUUAUUUAUUGGAUUCAGCCAGUACUCUGAUAAUUUCCUCCUUGCCCAGCCGAACAGUACAUGUGUCCAGCCUUUGGCAAACCUGAUAAAUCAGACUACAAGUCAUUCCUCGUUGUUAGACAGUCCAAAAAACAUAAGCGCGCGGCCAGCUUAUAUUCAUGCCAAUGGAAGUUACAGCACCCACAAUGACACGACCAACAUGCAGUGUAGGUGCAGUGAAUGGACAUUCGAGCUGCACACUGGACUUGUGCAGAAUGUGGUUACCAAGUGGAGUCUGGUGUGCGACUCAGCAUGGAAAGUCCACAUUGCAAAGUUUUCUCUAUUGGUGGGAUCCAUCUUUGGAUACCUAGUGUUUGGAGUCCUUGCUGACUGGUUUGGCCGCCACCCAGUGCUGAUCAUGUCGGUGCUGUUCAUGCUGGUGUUUGGUCUGACUGUGGCCUUCUCUGUCAAUGCCCCCAUGUUCAGCACCCUGCGCUUCUUUGAGGGCUUCUGCCUGGCAGGGAUCACCCUUUCUCUCUAUGUCCUCAGGAUUGAGCUGUGCCUGCCAGGAUGGCGUUUUUCUAUGACCAUGGUGGCCAGUUUUGUGGUGUUGGGUGGUCAGCUGCUGAUGCCCGGGAUGGCAUACCUCUGUCGUGACUGGCAGGUACUCCAAGCUGUCAUCAUCUGCCCCCUCCUGCUGAUGCUGUCCUACAUCUGGAUCUUCCCUGAGUCACUGCGUUGGCUGCUGGCCACUCAGCAGUACUGCCGCUCCAAGUGGAUCAUGGGACACAUAGCAAAAAAAAACCGAGUGAACAUGGAGCUUGACACCGAUAAUAUCCUUACAGAACUGCAGAGAGCUCUUCAAAAGAAACCCAAAAAGACAUGCAUUGUGAAAAUGGUCGGCACGAGGAACCUGUGGAAGAAUAUUGUCGUGCUGUGCGUCAACUCGCUAACAGGCUAUGGGAUCCACCACUGCUUUGCCCGCAGCAUGAUGGACCCUGAAGCUCAGGAGACGACCAUGUUCCAUAACUUUUAUGCAGACUAUUACACCAUGGCGGGCAUUGCGGUGGCGUCCUGCAUGGCGCUGUGCCCAGCAGUGGGCCUGAUGGGCCGGCGGGGUGGCCUUCUCAUGUUUAUGAUCAUAACUGCCCUGGCAUCACUGCUGCAGCUGGGCCUGCUCAACUUGCUCGGGAAGUACAGUGGUCAUCUGAAUAUAGAUAACUCAAGUGCGCUGAAUAAGAACUUCUCCAUCGCCUUCUCAGUCAUCGGCAUGUUCUCUUCCCACGCAGUCAGCAACUUGAGCAUCUUCUUCUGUGCUGAGAUCACACCCACUGUGAUCAGGGGUGGUGGUCUGGGCCUAGUCCUGGCCAGUGCCGGCUUUGGCAUGCUGACUGCCCCCAUCAUGGAGCUCCACAAUCAGAAGGGCUAUUUCCUUCACCACAUUAUCUUUGCCUGCUGCACUCUUAUCUGCAUCAUCUGCAUUCUCCUGCUGCCCGAAACACGCUACCAGCCCCUCCCUGAGACCCUGGCUGACGGCGAGAGCUUCACUCGUCAACCUCUCCUUCCACCGAGGAAACCUGGAGAACAGCGCCUCUUGCUGGCCCAAUCUGAGAGCAGCAGGGACUACACCAGGGUGCAUGACACGCCACUCCACGAUGCAGCCACCACCGCAGUGUCCACCAUGGACUCCACCGCCUCUUCGGCUGUUGAUUUGACCGCUCCGUCGGUCGGAGAUACAUCCGCUCCCACGUUCAUGGAGGUGCACCCUGGCAAGCCUGAGCCUAAAGAUCCCAACGGUCACUCAGUUACACCUUUAUCCAUGAACCCCAUCCCAGCCCUGGGUAAAGAUGGCAUUAUACAUGCCAGUAAAGAACACCUGCUGUCUUCCACUCCUUUACAUAAAGCCCCAUGCAUCACAGAUCCACUUUUAGCCGAAGCCGAAGAACCUCCAGCAAUAGUCCUGAAUUCUGUUGAGCCAUUGACGGAUUCUGCCAUUCCUGAAAUGAAUGACAUUGGUCCUUCCCCUACAAAAGAGUCAGCCGCUAACUGUGCGCCUUCAUUGGACUCUUCCACUCCCCCUGCCUCUCAAACUGUGCCUGCCUCCUUAUUGAUCUGCACCACACCCAUCAUCGAACCCCCGCCUAGCUCCACGUUAGAAUCCCCCAACCCAUUGGGUAAUGAGAUCGACAGUAUCACCCCGAGAUUCAACCUACCUUUGCUAGAGGACACUCUUGCCACUUUAGCAGACUCCCCUACUCCAUCUGUGCAUGACAGUCUCCCUCCAUCCCCUACAUCCUCUCCUGUUCCGAUGACAGACUGCAACAUUUCCACUGACCCUCCACCCUCCAUUAGCACACCCUCUGACAUUUCCAUCCAGUUAGAAAUAGUAGACGAAUCUAUACCUACUCCUUCCACUGGAGACUCCCCCAUACAUCCUGUCAUAGAUUCCCAACAGCCACAGUUAGACUCUACCUCUCCCUGUGUUAAUGAUAUAUCUCCUCACUCCCCUACUCCCCCUAGCCCAGUCACUGUUUCCCCUACACCCGCUCCCUCUCCACCCAUUGACUCAGGCCAUAUGCCCUCAGCGGACUCUUCCACUCCCCCUGUCAUAGAUACUGUCAACACCACUGCACCGGUUUCUUCCAUUCUCCCCGUCACAGACAUUGUGCACACCUCCACUCCAGAAUCAACCACUCUGACUGUCACAGACAUUGUUCAGCCCACGCAGGAUUCAGCUACUUCCCUUGCCAUAGAUUCAGUACCAAGUUUCAUCACGGAUUCAGGCUCUACAGAAGCAACUCCCCCCUCUCUAAUGGACUGCACCGUCUCCUCCCCCAUAGACUCCGGUGUCCUUUCUAUCAGGGACAGUGCCAGCACAGAAAACAACACUGUCAAUGGUGUGGCGUCGUCAUGAUCCAGUGUUGCAGCCAGGAAAAAAGAGGCUUUAUGGUUGCCGAGGAAGCAGCCCAAGCCACAUGAAUAACCAAGAAGGGGGCACAAACUGUCCUGCUCAGACUUCAGGAACUCAAUAAAGAUUGUCCCCACCUGGAGUUGAGUAGACAUGUCUUACAGAGCCCCCCCCGCAUUUAGCCAAUAAAUGAGACCACGCAAGUGAGAGAGUGCCAGAGGCUGGUUUGUGACAAUGUGACAGAAUCUUCUGCUCUUUUUUAAUGUCACUGGAAAUCACCAGCCUAUAAACUACUUUGAUGUAAAUGAAUGGGAAAUCACUGUCUGUCAUUUUAAAGAGACUUACAACUAUACCCACAAUCACUGAGAGGACUGGUGAGAAAUGCAAUGAUGCUAAAAACAAAAAAAAUCUAAUCACUGGUACUUUUGCUCAAAUGAAAUGUCCGUCAAACAUAUUUGUAUAAAAAUAUCGCCUUACCUGUAUGAAAAAAUAUCUGAAUGUUACAAAGUAUUUUUUGCCGUUACAGAGGUAAACAAUCCAAAUUGGAGUGAUUUUUCUAAAUACAACGCCAAAAACUACUCUGACCAAAAUGAAAUGUAGACAUAGUGCCAAAAAAUUAGUAUAAAUACAGUAUUUGCCUGUUUGGGGAAAUACUGUUUAGUGCAGUCCCCUGCCAUAGACUGUAUGUGGAUUAAAGUGAAUCAGAUGAACCCUAUUUCAAAGUUCAUAAAUACAAAAGAAGAAUUAAAUUAUUUAUCAAAUUAAUAAAAGACUGAAAUGCUAUUUGAUGAAUUAGAAGUGAGAUGAAAAUGAGUUUGCGAAAUUGCUUUCAUCAACACGUGGUUCAUUGUAAGAACAAUGAUGUUAUAGAAAAGAAUGACCCAUAUUUUGUAGGUCUGAAGAAACAUAUUUUUCCAGUCGUUUCAGUCAAUGAAAUGUAUGGUAUGCAAAUGCUUUUAUUUGUAAAUGUGAUAUUGUAGGUAAAUGUAUAAUUAGUUAUUGAGCUUGAUUGAGUCUUUUUUUUUUCAAUUCAAAGUAUUAUUUUGAAUAAUCUCCCAUGGCGUGCCCUUAUUGUAGAAACCUAUACUUCAUUCUUACAGUAUUUGUGGCACCUCAGUGUGGUGGCACCUUAUUCUUUGCAGUUGGGACAAAGCAUGAAUAUAAUUGUGAACGCGUCAGCAAACUAGCAAACCUUAAAAAGACACAAAAGCUAUUUUUGAAAUGAAACCAAUGAAUGACAAAAAGUUCAAUGUGAUUGCCAACUGUCACAGCAUCACUAACCUUCAGUGUGUUUUCCAAAUCAUGUUCUGGCAUCAACAUAGUUUAUGUAUGUCAGUGUGUUCAUACAUUCACUAAGUUUACCUUAAAAAAAAAAUGCAAUAUUUCAUAUAUUUGUUAAAAUGACAUUUAAAAAUACAGGUCAAGUCCUUAUUCGUAGCUAGAUUAACCUAUUCAUAUUCUUAAAUUGACAGACUCUUGCUUAAGGAGGCACUUUCUCUUCCAAAGCUUCUGUCCAUCCUUGGACAGCAUUAUACUUGACUUAAUACUGUGUGUAACUUGACAGUUGCAGUUACAUACUUCAUGCAUUGGAGGUUGUAAUAUUUGUCAGAGAAAGAUGUAUAAUUACGGAUAGACCACUGUUUACAACAACAACAACAAUAAUAACAAUGAUAAAUAACAAUAAUUACACUUAUUACUGUAAAAUUUAAGAGCAAACUGAAUGAUGUCUUGUCAUGUCAAAUGUGAUAAAACCAUCUCACAGUAUAUCAUAUUACAUUUAUCCAGGGAAUAUUGGUGAUCUAUUAAGGUGUCAUUCAUGUGUUAGUCACACCAUCUUGUUGUACAGUUAUGAAGAACCUUACAGGUACUUUACUCACCAUAAUUCUCCUUUGAUUUUAGUCAAAUGUGCACUGACAAAGGUUACAUAUCUUUUGGUAGCUUAAUAAUUGAGCAAACCUGCCUGUGGUUGUUUUCCUCAAAUGCAGCUUGAAUCAAAGUAUGAAAGCUCUAUUUUCGAUUGAUUCAGGAUGAUCUAUGAAUAGAUCAUCAAGUCAACAAACUUCCAUUUAGUGAAAGAUUCUUAUGAACAGUUAAUGUCUAACAUACAGUAUGUAUACCAUGCUGCUAAGCCUCAAAGCACAAUGCCCUGCAAACAUGUGAUGUCAAAUUUGGUGGAGCUUGGCGUCUUGACAGUUUAAAACAAAAAAAAAGGGAAAAUGGAGUGGGAUUUUGAAUACUAGUUACACAUUAACUUUUGCAAUAGACCCACAUGUAAUCUACUUUGUGGAACAGGGUGUUGACACUGGAUUUAAUAAGGAAUUCUUGGCAUCUGCAGUAGAGAGUGGGUUGACUGCAGUGGUCAGUAUUUUCACAUUACUUGUGAGUCCUCGUUGUCUGUGAGUGUUGGUCUCUCUGUCUCAGUGUGCGUAUUGCAGAAAUUGAACUGUGUAUCGCCAAAACCCCAUGCAACACCAGUGUAAAGACAAUAACGCAGCACAAUACAUCCAGUGUCUUCUCUGAGAUCUGUUGCUUCCAUUUUCACAACUACCAUCCAGCUAUUUCAUGGUGCUGAUGUGAGCUUUUACACCUGUAAGCAUUUGGAGUUCAAUUAAAGUAAAAACCAGUAAAAGCAAUCCAAAGCAAUGUUAGCACCAGCGAUAGGGUAGACUAGGAGACAGCGAUGGGUGGAAAAGCAAAAAAAAAGAAGAAUGGGUAAUGCCUUUGUAAAUGGUGAAUGUGUGGAGACACCCAGCUUCGAUAAGAUGAAGGAUCAUAGAUCAUAACAUGAACUGGUUAAUAGUUUUAAACUUGGUAGAUAACAGACAUGAAGUCCCCAGUGUACACAUUUUAGGUUUUGCUUCUCUCAACUGUGCGACUCAGAAUCUCUUGAAGGGAGAUUUGAAUGAAUGUAAAAACCAUGGAUUGUACCAUUUAUAAUUUCUGAUUGUUUGGUUUCAUUUUGUUUUCAUUUUAACAGACAUAAUGCACUUGUAUAUAAGCCAUACAUGUUGUUAAAAUAAACCACUAUUUAUUGAUCAA